AUGGAGGUAGGAAAUGUAAAAUUUCUGGAUUCUCUCAAUUAUUUUCCUAUGCCUCUAACUGCUCUACCCAAGGCGUUUGAUUUGAAAGAGCUAAAGAAAGGAUACUUUCCACAUCUAUUCAACACUUUGGCUCAUCAGAAUUAUCUAGGGCCAAUUCCAGCGCUCGACUUCUACGAUCCCGACCAUUUAAAAGAAGACACUCGAGAAAAAUUAUUAAAAUGGCAUGGCAAAAGACAAGCGGAGGGAUACGUUUUUGAUUUUCAGAAAGAAAUCGUUGAAUACUGUAUCUCCGAUGUGGAAAUAUUGACACAGGCGUGUCUCAAAUUUCGAGACCUGAUGAAAACCGAAACCACAGUCGAUCCCUUCCAGGAAAGCACCACUAUUGCAUCAUGCUGUAACAAAGUCUUUAGACGCAAUUUUUUAAAACCUGAGACGAUCGGGGUAAUUCCAAAAGGGGGCUAUAGAUGGCGUGAAAAUCAGUCAAAAAUUGCCAUCCAAUGGAUGUUGUGGGAGGAACAUCAAAGAGGAAUCAAAAUUCAACACGCCGCUAAGGGUAUAGAAACCAUUGUUAAGGGACAUAAAGUAGACGGUUUUUGUAGCGACACAAAUCAAGUGUUUGAAUUCCAAGGAUGCUAUUUUCACGGUUGCCCUCGAUGUUUCAAAUACAACAGAAGCAAUCCUCUGCAUAAUGAUCCGUUGAAUACAUUGGAAAGUCGAUACGAACAAUCAGUUAGCAAAGUAGAGAGACUCCGAAGCCUUGGACUAGAAGUAAUUGAGAUAUGGGAAUGUCAAUUUCGAGGAAUGCUAAACGAUGAAAUUAGAGCCUUCACAGAAGCACAUCCAUUGAUAAUCAAUUUACCGAUUAACCCCAGAGACGCUCUCUACGGGGGACGUACAGAAAAUAUCGUUGAAUACUACAAGAUCAAAACAAAUGAAUGCAUAAAAUAUGUCGAUAUAUGUUCCCUGUACCCCUUCAUCUGUAAAUAUGGAAAAUUUCCGGUGGGUCAUCCAAAAAAAAUUUACGUAGGUGAAGAAUGUGUUACAGCCUCUCUGUCGCAGAUGUCAGGACUUAUUAAAUGCCAGAUUCUACCGAACCAGAACUUAUAUCACCCCGUUUUACCGUCAAAAAUGAACAACAAAUUGAUGUUUGUUAACUGUCAAAAAUGUGGUGAAGAUUUCGUUCGAGAAGAGUGUCAGCAUUCUAUUCAAGAAAGAAGCCUAAAAGGAACUUGGGUGAUAGAAGAGGUGCUCAAAGCUAUUGAAAAAGGUUACCAAAUUAUAGAGACUUACGAAAUAUGGGAAUACGAUACAAUUCAGCUCAGUAAAGACCAAGAGGGGUUAUUUAGCGGAAUGAUGAACAAGUUUCUACAAAUAAAACAACAAGCUUCAGGAUGGCCCAAACAUUGCUUAACGGAUGAAGAAAAAAACCGUUAUAUUGAUGCAUUUUUGGAUACAGAGGACAUAAAGCUGGAAUUUUCAAAAAUUAUAGAGAACCCCUGUUUGAGAUCGUUAGCUAAACUUAUGCUGAAUUCUUUUUGGGGUAAAUUUGCUCAAAAAGAAAACCAAAACAAAACCUCGAUAGUCAGAGACUGUGGUGAAUUCUUUGAUAUGCUGACUAAUCCUUCUAUUCAUGUAAAUACAGUUCUCCCGGUAAACGAAGAAACCCUUCUCGUAACUUGGGAAUUUAGAGAAGAGGUGUAUGACGUUUCUUCAACGGUUAACGUUGUAUUGGCUUCAUACGUCACGGCCCUAGCUAGACUAAAAUUAUAUUCAUUCUUGGAGAAAGUGGAAGAAAGGGCAGUUUACGUAGAUACAGAUUCAUGUAUUUAUAUCUCUCGUAAGGGAUUAGACGACAUAUCUACAGGCGACUUCAUAGGUGAUAUGACCGAUGAGCUCAAUGGGGGUUUCAUAUCAGAGUUUGUUUCUGGAGGACCUAAGAACUACGCCUACAAAUAUACUACUUUGUCUGGAGAGGAACAGAUCGUAUGUAAAGUAAAAGGCAUAUCACUCAACUACAAGGCAUCCCAAGUGGUCAAUUUUGAGAAAAUAAAAGACAUGGUGCUGAAGAAAUCUGUUCCUGUUUCUGUACUUUCUCGACAGCUACGACGUACAAGAGAGCAUGCAGUAGUAACAGUCGAGUUUCCUAAGGUAUACAAGAUAACUUCAAUGAAAAGGAAAUUCUAUGCAGAUCAUACCUCUGUACCAUUUGGAUUUAAGAAAAUAAAAUAUUGA